AUGUCAUACGCGAUAACCCUUCCCCGCAAGCCCAUUGCAACAGGAUCCAACAGCCAUGUGGGCAGAACAGCCUGCGAAAAUUAUCCGAAAUUGAUCACGUGUGACUUUCACUUGAUUCGGGCAGCCUCCUUGGGCCUUGCAUGCAUGAGUGAUGACCUUAUCAAUCGUUGCGCUCCGAUAUCUGGUACAGAAAUUCUCGAAACCUUGGAUCAAAUGGAGUUUCUUCUAGGCUUAAUUCAGACAGAGUGUCAGGGCUAG